GGCUGCAGACGACCAGACGCCGGCUGCUUUCUCCUGCUCUCACUGCUCUAGGAUGAUGGAGAAAGCCAAUCACAUCAACAUUGCGAUGAUAGAAGACAUAGGUGCCAAUGGGAUGGCCAGGUCAAAGGUUGUGACAACCAUAGACCAGGACACGAAACCAUGUGGAUCCACAGUGAGCUUCCAUAACAUCCAGUACAAAGUGCAGCUGAAGAACGGGCUCUUCUGCAAAAGGAAAACCAGCGUCCGGGAAAUACUGCAGGACCUCAAUGGAAUAAUGAGACCUGGGCUCAAUGCUAUUCUCGGUCCAACUGGGAGUGGAAAGUCUUCGUUCUUGGAUAUUCUGGCUGCGAGGAAGGAUCCUUCAGGCCUCUCAGGAGAAGUAUUGAUUGAUGGCGCUCCACAACCUCCAAACUUCAAGUGCCUCUCUGGUUAUGUAGUGCAGGAGGAUGUGGUCAUGGGCACCUUGACUGUGAGGGAGAAUCUGCGUUUUUCAGCAGCGCUGCGUCUGCCCAGGUCGGUGCCGCAAAACGAGAAGGAGGCUCGAGUUAAUCACCUCAUCAGAGAACUGGGUCUGACCAAGGUGGCAGACGCCAUGGUGGGCACUCAGAUGACCAGGGGGAUUUCUGGAGGAGAGAGGAAAAGGACAAGCAUUGGCAUGGAGCUGAUUAUUGACCCGUCUGUCCUCUUUCUGGAUGAACCCACAACAGGACUGGAUGCUAGCACCGCUAACUCUGUGCUGCUGCUGCUGAAAAGAAUGGCCAGUCAUGGAAGAACCAUAAUCAUGUCCAUCCACCAACCACGAUACUCUAUCUACAGACUUUUCGACACUCUGACAUUGUUGGUCAGUGGAAAAAUGGUGUACCACGGACCAGCACCGAACGCUUUGGAUUACUUCGCUAACAUUGGCUAUCCCUGUGAGCCCCACAAUAACCCCGCUGACUUCUUUCUGGAUGUUAUAAAUGGGGACUCGACUGCCUCAACUAUGACAAAACUGCACGGCUCUGAAGAUUUGGAUUUUGAGGAUGUGGGCAGCUCCAGGCAGAGCAUUGAGGAACGUCUGGUGGAGGAAUUUAGGAACAGCUGCUAUUCCAGCGACACCCGGGCUGAGCUUGAACGCAUCGCCCAGGAUAAGGCGUGCAUCUCUCGUCCAAAGUCCCGCACCAUCACUUACAAUAGCCCCUUCUUUCACCAGCUGCACUGGGUGCUCAAGAGGACUUUCCAGAACCUCAUGUUGAAUCCUCAAACAUCUGUGGCCCAGCUGGGAGUCAACAUUUUCCUCGCUCUCAUUGUAGGAGCCAUUUUCUUUGGGGUCAAAGAUGAUCAGAGUGGAAUCCAAAACAGGAUGGGUGCCCUCUUCUUCAUCACCACGAACCAGUGUUUCAGUACAGUGUCAGCGGCUGAGCUCUUCAUUACUGAGAGGAAACUGUUUGUUCAUGAGUACAUCAGUGGCUACUACAGAGUAUCUGUCUACUUCCUGUCUAAGAUCCUCUCUGACAUGGCCAUGCGGACCGUCACCUCUGUGAUCUUCAGCUGCAUCGUCUACUUCAUGAUUGGGCUCAAAUCUACAGCCGAUGCCUUCUUCGUCUUCACUCUGACCGUCACGCUGGAGGCCUACACGGCCACAGCCAUGACCAUGGCCAUCUCAGCCGACCAGAGUGUGGUGGCGCUCGCAAACAUCCUCAUGACCAUCACUUUUGUCUUUAUGAUGAUUUUCUCAGGUCUACUGGUGAACCUGCCCAGCAUCAUGGACUGGCUGUCGUGGCUGAAAUAUUUCAGUAUCCCUCGCUACGGCCUCGCUGCCCUGAAGGUGAAUGAGUUUGUGGGGGUGAAGUUCUGUGACGACGCUUUGAUUCACAACAUCAACACAUCAGCGUCUCUAACAACCAACUGCACCAUGAACACGUUCGGCCUGAUGUGCACGGGGGAGCAGUAUCUGGACUACCUGGGAAUAGAAUACACCAUGUGGGGACUGUGGAAGAAUCACGUGGCUUUGACUGUAAUGACGUUCAUAUUCCUCAUCAUUGCUUAUCUGAAACUUCGCUACAUCAAGAAAUUCACUUAAAUGCAUGAAUCUGCCGUCUUUUUUUUUUUGUCCAGUGGGAAACACAUUCAUCUAAAAGAAUAGUUUAACAAGUGAAAACAGAGACAAUAAGGGCAUUAACCCAUAAAGACCCAAAUCAUCUACUGAUCUAAAAUGUUGAAUAAGUUCUGAUCCACUAAUUCUAUC